AUGUACACGUUGACCGAGGACUUUUUAAAGGUGCAGGGCACAUAUUUUCGAAUUUUGGGAUUUGACAUAGUCGAUGGCAGAAAUGGUUGGCUGCAUCCGUGUAGAACUACUGUGAUGAUGACUGCAUUGAUUGUAGUACAGCCCAUGAUUGUUGUUUUCGUUCUACAAAAUGUGGAGAACUUGGAUAAUUUAACCGAUGGCAUUGGAUCAAUGCUUGUCGAUCUCUUGGCGCUGUUAAAGUUCAAUAUAAUUAUGUGGCUACGUAAAGACUUGAAGCGAUUAGUUGCGAAAUUUCGCAAUAUGCUGGAGAGAGAAUGCAUGGAAGAGGUAUCGGCCUCCAUCAUCAGCCAGGAAAAUCGAAGCGAGCAACGUGUGAGUGGCAUUUACAAGAACAGUUUUAUGCUAACCGCAAUACUCUCCUCUCUGAUGCCCAUUGUGAACACGUUUAUUUUCUAUUGGCAGACUGGCAAUGUGGAGCUGCAGCUUACCUUUCCCUGCGCCUAUCCCUGGGAUGACAACAAGAUGUCCUUUGCUCUGCUCUCUUACGUUUUAGUAGUUUGUGCCAGCUUUGGGGCUAUUCUACCCACCAUCUGUAUAGACACAUACUUUACAGCAUUGACACACAAUCUAGUUGCAUUGUACAAAUCGGCACAGUAUAAAAUGCAAUUGUUUGGCGUCGAGACACUUGAGGAGACACAAGAACGUCUUCGUGAAAUUCUUCAACUCUACAAAAACAUCUUGGACAUGAGUGAUGCGCUGAAUCGUUUCUUUCGUCUAACCAUCUGCAUGCAAUUGAUUGUCGCCUCAUUGUUGCUCUGCUUUAUUGGCUAUACGCUAUCCGAAAACUUUGCCCAACCAAAGACGCCAUUCUAUGCGACGUUCAUGUUCAGCGUGUUGGCACAACUCUACAUUUAUUGCUAUUGUGGGGAGUAUCUAAAGACCGAGAGUAGAAGAUUCGCCAAUGCCAUCUACAACUGUCCGUGGUAUGAGGCAACUGCAGUCAAUCCCACGGUUGGACGUUCCCUCCAAAUCUCAAUGAUGCGCGCUCAACGUGGCAGUCGCAUUGAUGGCUACUUCUUUGAGGCCAACAUGAGGGUAUUCCUAUCGAUUGUGAGAACGGCCAUGUCUUAUUUGGCACUUUUACGUUCGAUUUCUUAG